CAUCGCACCUUCCAUGUCGAGCUUUCUUUAUUUCUACUCCUCAUCUUGUAAUACUCAGCUAGUACACGUCCUCCAGACGUAUAAUAGUCUUCUUUCUAGCGUCUCAACGACGGGACAAUCCUGCUUUCAUGAUGCACCAACAGAGGAUGCUGAGAUGCGUCCUUGCGUACGUCCAUAUAAUGCAUCAGGUUGGCCACAAAAUGCAGUCAUUCAUAAGAUCCUCGGACGUGUCCAGACAGCAGGUUUUAGAAGCACAAGAAAACCUAGAAGCAGAGGCUGGAUCGAAACCGAUGGGGAAACAUAGCGGCCAGGGAGUCUGUGGUAUGCUUAGCGCCCAAAUACGACUUGGGGCUUUCGAAACCGUAGAAGAAGGCGCAUCCGUUGUUGAUGAGGUGAAGGUGGAAGAUCGACUCGCGGCUACAUAGGAGGCCGCAAUAUAGGAUCCGGACUUCGUGAUGAUGUACUGUGCGAGGAAUAUUGGGCCUUUCGGGAUGUCGUUGAAGUUGACUUUCGGCCCUAGUUCCGGAACAGCUUAGCGUCAUAGGCUAACUUAAUUUAGGCAUAGCAUUUAUAUGCCCA